CGCAGCUUCCUUUGUUCGCCGCUGAUUCCCCGGGCCCCAGCUGCAAGCCGCUGAUAGGAUUCUGACACGGACACUUCAUUCAAGCUGCCGCCGAUCUCCAGCUCUCCCUCCGCAGCCCGGCCCGGCCUGGCGCUCCGAGAUAGGCGGCUCAUGGAGCUCAGCCCAAACCCCGGGAUGCUCCGGGCCCGGCGGGACGGCGGAGGUGCCAGGACAGGGCACCGAGCUGGGCACGGCCCCGGCGCCAGCGGACCCGCACGGAACUCACCCGGACAGGGACGAGAGGGAAAAACAAGCGACCGGGACUCUGUCGCUCGGCCGGCACAGGUGGGCACACCUCGGUACAGCCGCGGGACCGCUGCGAGCGCCCGCAGCCGCCGCCUUCUCCCCGGCUCUGCAGCUCGAGCCAUUUCCCCACCACCUGCGCUCGGUGCUGUCCCAGCACUUGCCGGCGCCGCUCGGGGCGAAGCCACCGACCCCCGCCGCCCCUCCGGCCGGCUCGGAGCGGCCCCGCUCCCCCCGCUCCCAAGGCCGGAGCAUCCCCGGCGGGGACGCGCCCCGCGCUUACCGGCGCGGGUUCCGCAGCUGCACCGUCUCCAUGUCGGCGACUCGGCGAUCCCGGCGCUCCGUCUCUCACCGCCCCAUGGCUCCCCGCCCCGCCGCCGCUUCCGCCCGCCGCCGGAUGCCGCGGGGAGCGCCCACCCCGGCCCGGCGAGGGCGCGGCUUCCCGGGCGCGAUGGCCGCGUCCCCCGGUGCGCUGCGCCGGGCCGGCAACGAGGAGUUCCGCCGCGGGCAGUACGGCCCGGCCGCCGCGCUCUACACGCGGGCGCUGGAGCAGCUCGAGGCAUCAGGGGAUGCCGCCGCCGAGGAGCGCAGCGUGCUGCUCGCCAACCGCGCCGCCUGCCACCUCAAGGACGGCGCCUGCAGCCUGUGCGUGGCCGAUUGCUCCAGCGCCCUCGAGCUGGUCCCGUUCGGGAUCAAGCCCCUCCUGAGGCGGGCGGCGGCUUACGAGGCUCUGGAGAGGUACUCGCUGGCCUACGUGGACUACAAGACCGCGCUGCAGGUGGACUGCUCCGUGCAGGCGGCGCACGAUGGAGUCAACAGGAUGACUAAAGCCCUGCUGGAGAAGGAUGGCGUGAACUGGCGUCAGAAGCUGCCGCCAAUCCCCACAGUGCCUGUUUCUGCCCAGACGAGGUGGAGCGUUCCUUCUCCUGGAGCCCCUGGGGCAAACACUCCUCCUGCAGCUGCACCACAGGGAAAACCAGACCAGACUGCUGCUGGCAUGGAGAGAGCUCGAACUCUGAAGGAAGAAGGAAACGAACUUGUAAAGAAAGGAAACCAUAAAAGAGCGGUUGAGAAGUACACUGAGAGUUUAAAGCUCAACCAGGAAUGUGCAACCUACACCAACAGAGCUCUCUGUUACCUGACCCUGAAGCAAUACAAGGAGGCAGCACAGGACUGCACAGAAGCUCUGAAGUUAGAUCCUAAGAACGUGAAGGCACUCUACAGGCGUGCUCAAGCAUUUAAAGAACUGAAGGAUUACAAAUCAAGUAUUGCUGAUAUCAAGAGCUUGUUGAAAACUGAACCAAAGAACACAGCUGCACUGAGAUUACUUCAAGAACUGAACAGAGCCUAGGGUAACCAAGCAACAAGGAAAGCUUUGUUUUCCACUGCAGGAGAAAGCUUUUUCCCUUCUCAUGUUGUUACAGGGACCAAUCUUGAUGCAGGAUCUGUAUUGAAAUCUAUCUUCCACUGCUGCUGAGAUAUAAGAGGUUCUGUACCAGCAUAAGGAAUGUUAAGACACAAUCUGUAUCAAACUCUAUUAAUCUGGCUCUAAGAUCAUGCUUAGUUUUAAUGCCCUUCCCUGGUUGAAGUCAACUUGCCUGUAACUAUUGGUCUCAGGGACUCUUUCCAUGCUGGCUGAGAUGCAUGUGAAGUGGCUGUUCUUUCUGAAGAGCUACAAACAGAGGGUUUUUUGUCCUUAUUCAGGUGACAGUUUUGCUGCAUUUGUGCUGCUAUUACUGAAAUAAGGUGGCUGCAAGAACUGCUGUAGUUGCCAGAGCACCACAUACCCUUCUUGUAACAGGGGCACAGUUACUUGCACAGGGCUGAGCUUGUUCCCUCGCCCCCUUGAUGCCUGCUGGCCCUCAGCUGGGUUCUGCUGCUUAGUGUGGCUGGGCAGAUGUUUACAGUAGCAGCUUUCUUUAGUUAUUCUGCACAUUUAAGAAAACAGCAGCAAGUUAAGCCUGCCUUGUUACACUGUGCACUAUUACAGAUUCUGGGUGCUUGGGAAUUUUGCAAUGGUUUGUUUGUUUGUUUGUUUUAAAAACACUUUAGCUCCUCUGUGCCUUUUGGAGCAGUUGCUAUGGGGUGUUACAGGGAGGAAAAUUUUCAGUAACAUCCCAGCUGAGGUCUGGCUUACUACUUCAAUGCAUGUUUAUGCUUUUUGGUCUUCUCCUGAUCUGGUAUUGAUGGCACUGAUUUAAAAUGGUAGGUAAAGAGAUAGUUGGAGUUACUCUGUGAACUGUUAAAACCAUUAAAGCCAUGUUUAUUUUCA